UUUGUGAAAUGUUGUUAGCCUAAAUAACGCUUGCUGGCAUCUUCUGGGAUCCCAUCGGUGGUGCUUCGCCACCCUGGAGCUCCUCAGAGCCAGCGCCUUGUUGGCAUGGGAGGUUCUGAGCAGAUGGGCAGGCUGCUGGUAGCACCAGGGAGUUGGGGAGAGGCAGGAGCCCAUGGCCCCAUGCCACGGGAACCAUCAGUAGUCUUCCCUUGGAUCCUGGCAAAAAGCUCUUUCUCCAUCGUUCCAUCCACAAAAGCUGAGCAGAAGCUUUGUGGACUGUGAGGAUGUGCUGGGGAUCCUACUCUGAACAUGAGAACCGACCUGGAGAACUGCUCCAGGAACAGGACUUUGCCUGAAGUUGCACCCCCUGUUUGUAACAGCUUCUGCAAAGCUCCAGGGUCCCAAAAUAAGGCAAGUGGUGCUGCUCAGUGGGCGGAUGGGCUGCUGCAGCCAGAGGAGGGCUGUGGGCAGUGUGAGGAGGGUGUGCGAGGCUGCAGGCUCCAGAGAUGCUGAGAUGCCCUUCCCAUUGCUCCAGGAGAGUCGGCUCUGCACGGAGCGGCUCCCGGCACCUCUGUUUAAUGAGAACAAAACAACACUCCAUCAUUGCAUUGGCAACUAAGGGAAAAAAAAAUAAAUAAUCCAAGCCAAUGCCUCUAAAAAGUAAUCAGACUGACAUCUGAAGAAUGACAUCGUGGGGUUUCGCCCAUCAUCUUCUCACCCUGGUGGCCCCCAUCAGGGGACUGUGACCAGCAGCUGCACCCGGGGCUGCAGGAGCUCUCAGCCUCUCCGAGCCAUGUCUAAUCCUGCUUCCCAACCCCUGGAUCAGCCCCUUCCCGUCCCUCAUUCCUCUGCCCAGCAUUGUCCCAGGAUCUUUCCAUCCUUAGGACAGAGAUGGGGAAUUUCUCUCCGGGACACAGCAACCCUGUGUCUGCCUGAGUUGGGGGGUGUUUCUACCUGCAAAACCCCUGCCCUUAGUUUUCCUUCCUGGCCAUGAGCUGUGACAAAGCUUGUGUUGCCAGUCGAACUGUUUGCUGAUGUUUCUUUGUCCUGAAUCUGCUUCCUGACCCCUUCCCUUGAUGCCAUCCAGCUCUUGUACAGGGAAAAAUAGUUUCCACUCCUUGACUUGAGCGUUGCUGUUCCUCUGUUCCUUUUACCUUCAUCAUGAGAAAGGGAAAAAAAAACCAUCAGAAGUGUUCCCUUUACCUUGAAUUCUUCCUCCAAAGGCACUGGAAUACUUUUGCUUGGAGAUUUUUCUUGAUUCCCCAAAACACCGUUACUUCAGCUCCACCCUUUCCUCCGUGCUCUGCCUCCAGCAGCGUCCCAGUUUGUUGCAAACUGAAUUUUUCUGUGCCCUUGGGUCUUUCUCCAGAUGCCAUAUUCCAAGGAGGGCUUCGUUCUGCAUUUCAGCUCUCACUGCCUUGCCUGGAAAGGUCUCACACAAGACCUGAUUUCAGAGCUGACCAUCGACGCCUCGGCCGUCUCUUUGUUUCCCAGCUGUGUGCUGCCUCUCUGUUUGCUCACCCUGCACAUGGUGCUAUCAGAUAGGGAAAAAAAAAGGGGGAAAACGUGGGUUUGGACUGUGCAGUUUGCUUCCUGCUCAGGCUGAGGGGCAGCACCGGCCCCUCUGCGAUUUGGCUGGGCUCAUUUGCAGAUCGUUAAUGCCAUGGCUUUUGCCAGCUCAGGAUGGGAAUGCCCAGCCUGGUGAGCACUGUAGCAUAAACAGCACACACACACGCCUUGAUAAUAUUGAAAAAAAUCCACUCUUUUUAAAGCCAGAGCACUCUGCUGAGUGAAUUGGAGCAGGGUAUAUCUCUGCUUCGGGGGGAGCUCAGCCCUGGUAGGGUGCCAGGGUCCUUGCCUGUGUAGCAGCAGGGAAGAUGCACAACGUGGGACACAACAUUCCUAGUAAGGCAGAGGAAAAAAGCCAUGGAAAAGUGAUGGGCAGACAUUUGGGUUACAAUAAAAAGAGUUUUCUUUAGUGGUGGGAAUUAAGAUGCCAGUGCAGAGGGGAUGGGAAAGCUGGAGGUCAGUAGAGAAGAUCUGCGUGGAGCGUUUACCCAUGGAACACUCAAUGGAGUUAAACCCCUGGGGUUAUGCAGUAUUUCCCUCUACAGUUUUCACAUGUGCUCGUGUUGUUUUCAGACACAGCUUCUGAACGUGCAGGAGGAAAACUGAACAGCUGGGGGGACCCCAGGCGAGCAUCAGCCUCCUGCACCCCCCUCCCUGCCGCUGGGCUGACCCCACCGCAGCGAGUCCUGCUGGUACAGGGGGGACCUGGAGCUGCUGAAUUCUGCUCACAGGGGGAUGGUGCCUGGAGGAAUCCAGCAUAAUGUGCCUGAAAAAUGGAGAAAAGCAGAGAAGGGUAGUUUGGAGGGGCACGAUAUUACUUUUUUUUUUGUUGGGCUGAGGGAAAGCAGGUGUGAGACUGAAAGCACUUAUCCUAGGGAAGAAGUUAGUUUUUGUACAUCUAGUAUCCUAAAUUCCAACAUCCUUGGGUUUUAUUUUUCCUCAUAUAGGGGCAGUGGAGCCUGGCAAGACAGAGAGAUGUGGACCUGGCCUUGCAGACUGCUCCCAGCCAGCCAAGCAUCCCGUUAUCCUGGUGGUGGAGCUUGGGCUGACACGGUCCCUCAUCCCUGGCGCUCCCUGGAAGAGCCGCAGGUAGAUCAGCAAAGACCUGGGGACUGUCACAGGGUGCUGCAGCGUCGUUGAGGGAGCAGGAAAAGUGCUGCGACGACACAAUGUAUUCCUCACCUUCCUUUUGGUUUAAACUCUGUCCCCUGUCUCUCCCUGGCCCCACCCCCAUCCCAGGAUUUCCGCCUCCGCUACUCGCAUUUGGGAUUGCCACGUGGGAUGUCCAGGUUGUGUUCCCACCACACUGAGCUGCCCUGAGAGGUGGGAGUGGGUUAAAAUCACAGCCAAACCUGGCUCAUUUGUGCCUCCUUACUUCUGCUUGUGGUGGAGCCUUAACCUUCCCUGCCUGUUGCAGCUCCAGAUGGGGCCGUUAGCAGAAAUUAGUGCUGCUGCCAAAAGUCUUCACCCCACCCAAAGCCCCCUCCCAUGUGAUGGUGAUCCUGCUGGAGACUAACCUAGAGCAUAAAACCAGUUCUAGUCUGGAUCAGUCCCUGCCUUGGUUUGUCCCAGGUCACCCAGACCGGUGACUGGACAUGGGAGAGGGCAGGAGGGAGCAGCCCUUAUUUAUUUUGACUUGUUUACUGGAGCAGAAAUACAGCUCGAGGGGAUGUCCCCAGGCCAGGAGUGAACUGGCAAGUCUUUUCGUGGAGCUGGAAGGAUUCACUUUCAGGCUGGUAUAUUUUAAGCCAGGUAAGCACUUGCACUGUAAGUAUUUUAUGCUGUUCCUUUGCCCGGUGGUUGACUCUGUCCAGUUACACUCCUGCCAUCCGCGAGCAGCUGUGCACAGUAAUAAAUAAAUCCGGGUGAAAGCAAACCCAUUCGGUCUCCUCUCCUUUUUUUUUUUUAAAAUAAGAGAGAAGAAUUGUCGCGUAGUAACGUGUGUGCACAUUUGCAGCCUGAAAAGUGUCAGCUGUGAAAUAACAAGAUGGGCAUUAGGGUUAAGAUGUACACGGGGGAAGGGUUUUGAGAUGGAAGGCGCAGCCACACCUCGGAUGCCAGAGCUGCUGGGGAUGCGGUGGAGCCACAGCUCUCCUCUGGUGAUGCUGUGGCUUGAGGGGCUGCAGGUCUCAAGUUGGAUGGGCAGAAAAAUGCUGCUUGGCCAGCACGUUGACGAGCUCAUGUCUUGGCUCCGGCGCUCACAAUAGCCAGGUUUCCCAAAAUAGAUGUUGGGGGUUUUUUUUCUGUAUAAAAAGAUGCUCUCCAGUCCUGCGCGUGCGUUGCCCAUCGGGGCUGGUUCUUGUUGUGAGGGUGGGCUGGUGUGGCUCCAUCCUCGCUGCUCGUGUCUUGGGGCCUCAAAAGAGAGAAUCUACAGGAGAAUCUGUCAAAAGAGUCGUUUAGAUGUGGUGUUGGGGGAUGUGGUGUAGGGGAGAACUUUGUAGAGUGGGGUUGAUGCUUGGACUCGAUCCCAAGGGUCUUUUCCAACCUGAAUGAUUCUAUGAUUCUGCGGGGGUGGGGGGGGGCUGUAGAGGCUGGACCCAUAACGGUGCUGUUGGUUUAUAGAGUGGGGUUGAUUUGGUGACCGAAUUUGCCGUGUUGCUCCAUGCUGGUGGGGAUGCAGGAGUGGGAGUGGGCAGGUCUCCGGAGGAUGCCCAUUGCCUGUGGCCACUAAAUUGUGUGGGAACAAGCUGUUUGGGGGGGAUGCUUGUGCCAGGCUGCCCAGGAGCUGCUCACCCCCACCCCCCGCCACGGUACCCGCUCAGGUUUGCUGGCUGUGAAGAGGUUAAAGAAGUUAUUUCAUAUCCCCCUCCCCCCCCCAUUUCCUCUCGGCACCCACUCCCUCCCUGCUUCUGCCAUCUGUGGUUUCUUUGGGGUCACCACACCUUGGUGAUGCUGCCAUCUGUGGCAUCGGUGGCUUUUUCUGACCAUCUGCCCCCAUCUCAGCCUCUCCUUAGAGCCAAGACCCUGCAGAGCAUCUCCUCCCCCAGCAGUGUUGACACCAGUUGCCUCCUCCUUUUUGUUGUGCAGGUGGUGGUGCAGCUCACCGACGACCUCCUGUCCCAGGCGGUGAUGAUGGUAGAGGACAGCCGGCCAACGUUGGCCAUCAACCUUGCCGGAGCCCGCCAGCACUGGCUGGAGGGGAUGCUGCGCCACGAGAUAGGCACCCACUACAUCCGAGGGGUGAACAACACCCGGCAGCCCUGGCACAGCUCCGAGGGCCGCAAGCAGUACAGCCUGAAGCCCGCCAACCCCACCGAGGAAGGCUUGGCCAGCCUGCACAGUGUCCUCUUCCGCAAGCAGCCCUUCCUCUGGCGGGCAGCCCUGCUCUACUACACCAUCGAGCGGGCCAGCCGCCUCUCCUUCUCCGCCCUCUUCCAGGACCUGGAGCAGUACGUCCAGGACGCUGGCGUCCGGUGGGAAUACUGCGUGCGGGCCAAGCGGGGCCAGACAGACACCUCACAGCCAGGCUGUUUCAGUAAGGAUCAGGUCUACCUGGAUGGGAUUCUCCGCAUCCUGCGCCAUCGGCAGACCAUCGACUUCCCGCUGCUGGCUGCGCUCGGAAAGGUCUCCUAUGAGGAUGUGAAUCGGCUGAAGAAAUUUGGGGUGCUGGAGAAAGCCCGCAUCCCCCACUUCAUGCAGGACCUGGAGAGGUACAUGAAGCAGCUGGACCACAUCGUCACCACCAACGGCCUGAACGAGGAAGAGCUGGAGCAGCUGCUGCCUGACUGAGGGGCAACCCCCCACCGCCCCCUCCCCCCAAAAAAAAGCAGCUCCCCGAGGUCGUAACUGGUGCCGUUUAUUGGGUAUUGAUUGGGGCUGGAGCCUGGAGAAGGGCAGAGCCUGGGCCACCCCUGCGCCCGGGCGGCCGUUGUGCAUGUUCUGCUGUGUAGGGUAGCACGGCCGGGAGGGCCGGUGUGAUUAGUGUCGAUGUGUGUGUCCCCCCCCCCACCAGACACCAUCCCCUGUGUAUUUUUGGGGAGGGCUGUGCGGCUCCGCGUGGCUUCGGGGAGC